AAACUCGUCGAUGGCAACAUCCACCAGUCUUUUCUGCCCCCAUCCUCAAACCUCUCGGAGGUGCUGACUGUGUACUACUGUAACCGAUAAAUUAGACGCUGCAAGAUGGCGAUUGUGCGACUCGUAGCUUGUUUUGUUCUUUACACCAGCCUGGGCAACAUUCCAUCAUCACUCGGGGUAAUCCUCCGAACCACAGACAAGAUUGUGUGGGCAAAUGAGUUUGAGCCCAUCGAACUGACCUGUUUAAUAGAGUCCAUCUCCACAAACAACCCGAGGAUUGAGUGGAAAAAGAUUAAGAACGGUGUCCCCAGUUAUGUGUACUUUCAAAACAAGAUAGCAGGGGACUUGGAGCACAGAGCUCAGCUCAGAGAGCCGGCCAACAUCCUGAUCUUGAACACCACUCGGUCAGACACUGCAGAGUACCGCUGCGAGGUGGCCGCCAUUGAUGAUCAAAGGGACUUUGAUGAGAUUCUUAUUAGUCUUGCAGUCAGAGUAAAACCUGUUGUACCACGGUGCAGUGUGCCAGAGGCGGUCACAGUUGGAACGUCAACCGAGCUGCGAUGUCUGGAGAAUGAGGGUUUCCCUGCUCCUCUGUAUCGCUGGUUCCACAACAACGAGGAGCUUCCUCAGGACCCCAAAAACAGCCCGAAGUUGGUCAACUCUUCUUACAGCAUCAACCCCGACACUGGGGGCCUGAAAUUUCGAAGAGUGAAGAAGGAGGACGCAGGGGAGUACUACUGCCAGGCAAAGAAUGAUGCAGGACACGCACAGUGUCCCCCACAAAUCAUGGAAGUCUAUGAUGUCGACAUCCUUGGGAUUUUCCUCAAGUCCUUUGGUGCAGUGCUGGUGUUCUUCUGUUUGGCUGCUUCCAUUUGUCAUUCCUUUAAACGUGGAUGCUUCUACAAAAAAGGCCACAAUGAAAAUAACUACAAUUGGCCAGCUCAGACUGAAGGUGUUGACUAUGGCGAUGCAGAUGAGGGCCAUUUUCGCCACAAGUCUUCAUUCGUCAUUUGACAGCUGAGACAGCAAUAAAAUGAAAUCAAGACAAAAACAAAAACUGUUGAGGUAAACUUGCUACAAUGAUGCUCCUGAUGGUAAAGUUUGAGGUGUAACAUGGCACAUUAUUCUCUGAGGCACAUUAGAAUCCAAUCAACCAACUUGCCAAAGUCAUUGUAAUAUCAUUUUGUGCCACUGUUUCAUGUUUUUUUUAUAAUGUGUCAUUUAUUUCCUUCUCUGUUAGUAUUAAUUUACGAUGAAAAUAUUGUUCUUAAUUUCACCAUGUUUUUAUUAGACAAUACAGUGCAGUGCUUUUUUUUAUUAUACAAUAAAAACAUUCAAAGCUGUGGAAUUUGAUAUUUGGACCAUAGUGUAAUCGCAAAAGAUGCUGGAAGCUACAUUCCUUCACGUUUCUUUGGACAAAUCCUCUUUUAUAACUCUUAAACUUUUUACAGUACACUGAAAUUGUUUUACAAAGCUCCUUUACAUUAUCUUUGUUCAUAAGAUAAACAUGAUCUGAUUUUAUUUUACCUGGGGAAGAGUUGAAACUUUUUUGUAUAUACUGUAGUUAUACAGGCAAUAAGCAGCAGACUGUAGAAGGCUGAUGAGCUCACAAUUAUAAGGCACAAUUUAUCAGCCUUUCAUAUACAGUAUUUACAGAUAAUAACAAGUAUCUACGAGUGCAAAGUAACCCAUGGAUUUGAAUACCUUAUAUCCCACUAUGCUGCAAAGUCAAUAUGUACUAUAAAGGUGGUGAUGUAUGAUAUUUAGAGUGCCGUUUCUGUGUAUAAGUGACCUUCUGUGCUUUACUAAUUAUUUUGUGAGUAUUGGACAUAUUGUCCAGUUUGGACUCAGUACUUAAUGUACAUAAAUACAUACAUUUUUUGAUCUUUUAAUUUUCCUACAUUGCACACCAUAUCUUAUUGUAAAUAUGCAAUAAAACUGUUAGUUGGAAAUAAAUUUAUAGUAUUUACUGUUCAGUGUGUUUCUGCAGUGUUGAGCCUGUCAUUUCAAACAUUAGUGUCAAUGAUUUGUGUAACAACUCAGGAACUGUUGUAAAAUGUCCACUGUUCAUUUGAUAUUAAUACUAUAUGUUCAUGUUUUUGUUACUAUUAAAUACAUUUGAACUGUUAA